UAAUCCUAUUUCUAUUAACGAUUCUAAUAUCUGCAAAGAAGAGUAUAAACAAGCGAUUGCUGAAUUGCAGCAAAAACUAGAAGAACAAAGAAGCAACGAAUAUAUAGUGAUGUCAAAUUUACAAUGGCAGAUAGAAGAUAGAGAGCAGAUUAUAUCAGAGAUGAGGCAACAUGGUAUAACUGAGCAACUUUUCCAACAAUGGGAUUCACGGUAUUGUGAUCAGGAUAAGCACAUACAAGCAGUAACCGACAUUGCACUAAUUGAAUAA